UCAGGUCCUUCCUUCUAAUUCAUAGGACCAUGGCACAACUAUAGGUCGUAUUAUCUUGGUUAUGUUUAUUUUUUUUCGUUUUCCGUAGUAAACACUGGGUUAACAAAGUUCUCUCUCGUCUUUAAAUUAUUCCUUGUAAAAAAAAAACAAGCAAUCGUUAAACCCAGUAUUGCAAAAUGAUGCAAUUGUUAACGUCAAAGCAUAUUCUACAUGAAGAAUAUUCACGGAUACAAUAAAUCAGAUACUUUUCAAAGGUAAAAAGAAAUUUCUGAAGAUGAAAAUGAGUGGCUCGAACCCACCGGAUUUUCAGAGAUGCCGUCUUUGUGCCCUUCCAAUUUCUUCUAAUUCACUCAUUUCUUUCGUCAAUACUAUCUACGAGCCCAUGAUCGUCAAACUAAAAUCAUUUGGACUGCGUAUCAAGAAAGACGAUGGUUUACCGGAAUGUAUUUGUCAUGGUUGCACCGGAAUAUUGACAACAUUCAUCGAAACUAUGGAACUUUUCUUGGAGGCUGACAAAAAACUAAAAAAAAUACUGGAAACUAGUAAACUGCCUAUAAAUGAAAACCAUAUUUUUGGUACAAAAACAUCAAUAGAAAGCAAAGAUAAUCAGCAAACGAAAAGAUCAAAAAGAAAGUCCGGAGAAGAUAUUAAAUAUUUCGAAAGCAAAAAGACCAAAAAAAGGGAUCAUCUCAACCUUUUAAGAAAAGUGCAAACUCCCAUGGUAAAUAAUUCUAAAAAUAUGGGUGGAAAAGAAACAGAGGACAAAAGUGAACAAGUAGUAAAUUUGAAAAACGAUUUGACCCAUGACAAUGAACCAAAAGAAAAUAAGUCUAAUUCCGAAUUAGAAAUAAUACAGAAACAAGAAAAAAAACAAAAUAUGGAAACAAACAAGUGUGUAAAUAAUGUUUCAGAUUUUGAAUUUGUAAAUGUUAUUGGCAAACACGAUCAUGAUUACAGUAUGGACUUAAAUUCGACUUAUAAAACAGAUGCAAAAGAGGAUUCAUAUAAUAAAGCUGAAAUAGAUAUUUCACAGGAAAAUGACUCUGAAACACAAAUAAAAAAAAAUUCUCCCAAACAUAUCAAGGUACUGACGUUGGAUAAAGUGCGUUUGAAAAAGGGAAAAAAAGUCCAUCCAUCUACGACAACAAGUUCUCUUCCUCCAGUUUACACGAAACCAUCAGAUGACAAAGAGAUUGAUGUAUUUACAUGCUUGGAAUGCAACCAGCUUUUCUGGAAUAGGGAGAAAACUCUCGAACAUAUUUAUAAAGAGCACGCACGAGGAGCGUUGACUUAUAAAGCACGAUAUAUGGUAAAGAGGAUAAAGAAUUCGAAAGCAUAUAAUUCCCGGAAACAGAUUGUGUGUAUGCUUUGCUAUUUCCUAGUCCCUGAUUCUGAUCCCAAUGCCUACUUAGAGCAUUUGACAGGGCAUUAUAUGAGACUUUAUAAAUGUUUUCACUGCGAGCAAAACUUCUCGUCAAGGGAAGCUUUUGAAAAACACAAGAAUGCUUAUAAGAAUCACAUUAUGAUGUGCAAAAUUUGCGACCAGACUAUGCCGUUAGAGGUUUUUGCGGCUCAUCAAAGGAGUCAUUCUUGGUUUGCUCGUACUCAAGCAGUAAACGAGAAAAAGUUGUUAAAGGGUAAGGAAAGAUCGAAAAGUUGUAGUCAAAUAAGUGAUGACAAAUCAGGAAAAGGAGUGAAGCAUAUUGACAGACAAAAUACUAUUCAAUCGGAAAAAUCUGUGGAAACUGACUUGGAGGAGAUAAUUUGCGAGGGCGCAGUGAAUAUAAAUGAAAGGAGAUCUGAAGAUAAUGAAACUUUUAGCAAAAGCGGCGAGCAACCUCUUGAGGCUGCAGAUGAAGACAAAACUGAUGAUGAAGUCGAAGAAAUGCCGGAAGAAAAAUUGAAAUUCAACAUACAGAAGAAAGAGUUGUGUUUCUAUAAAUGUGCAAAUUGUCUACGAAUUUUCAAAGAUCGAGGUGCUAUCUUAAAACACAUACAAAGAGUGCAUCCCCAGACAUGGGGAAAUAAAAAGAGCCUUUUGGCAGCUAAAAAACUACAAAGUGCCAAGGAAGAAGCAGAUGCAAAUGAAAUUUAUAUGUGUAGAAUUUGUCCUAUUGAUUUCGACAGUGAAAGCAAGUUUUUCCAACAUCUCGAAGUAAAUCAUCACUGCAAAUUUUGCGCUAAAACCUUUUUCUACAAAGAAGAAAUGAAAAUUCAUCUGCGCGCACACGAAAAGCCUUACAGAUGUACUAUUUGCGAUGCAAGUUUCUAUGUAGAAAAAAAUUACCUAGAUCAUAAAUUAACCCACACUUACAACUGUGAACUAUGUAACGCUAGUUAUCGCUCAAUAGAGUCUCUAACGAAUCACAAGAAAGUGUCACACACGAAAAUCUCGUGCCCAAUCUGCUCUUUGAGUUUAGACAGUCCCGAACUUUUAAGUAAACAUGAAGGAACGCAUAGGAAAAAGAAUAGUCCUUGUCUAUGUGAACUUUGUGGAAAAAGUUACACCAAUGCGUCUAGAUUUAAUUACCACAUGCAAACUCAUGGUGCUGAUACUGAAUUUAAUUGUAAAUUUUGUCCUAUGAGUUUUAAAAACGCUGCGAAGUUAAAGAGACAUCAGCGAUUUUCUCAUUUGCAUGCGUAUACCGAAAGUUUACGUGAAAGCUUAGAAUCAGAGUUAACUUAAUGCUGAAAAUGAAGAAAGCUUAAAAAUGCAUUUUUUAAGAGAUUUUCUUACAUGAUUUAAUUUGUUAAACCACUUUUAGUUUAGUUUGAAAAUAAAUUUACUUGAAGAAAUACACACACAUAAUUGUUAUGGAAUAAAGUUAGAGAACUAUAUUUCAUUUGGCUUAUUCAUAGAAUGUUUAUGAGGAUUUUUAAUGAAAGGAAUGAAUAAAAUUUGUAUAUUCAAUAUUGUAGUAUAUCAUAAAUUAAAUUAAUAAAUUUAAUAUAGCUCA